ACCGCAUUCCACAAUGUUAAAGAGGACUCAGGAUGCCUCCCUCUUCCUCUGUCUUUGCCACCUGCCCGCCUGCUAGGGUUUGCGUCCAGAAUGAACAUAGCAGCUGUGUUGAAUGCCUUGCUGGUGUCUCUCCUCGCAGCCGUGCUGUGGAAAUACAUCAAGCUGCGAGAUCACGCCUUCGUGUUGGAAGAGGAGCUGGUCCUCACUCGCCAGACGCAGGAGCUCUCUCAGGUCCGCAUCGACUACCAUGCGGCUCUUCAAGCCUUGGUCCAAGAUGGCACCAAGAUGGUGUGCACUGGGAGGAUGCACACGGACCGGAUCUGCCGUUUCGAAUCCCUCUGCUACUCCACGGAGGCAGAGGAGUUUGUCUUCUUCCACAGCAACUCCUCCGUCAUGCUCCCCAACCUGGGCUCCAGAAGAUUCCAGCCUGCCCUCCUUGAUCUGUCCUCGGUGGACGACCACAACACACAGUAUUUCAACUUUGUAGAGCUGCCUUCCGCCUCGCUCAAAUACAUGCCCAAGCCGGUGUUUGUCCCCGACGUGGCCCUGAUUGUGAAUCGAUUCAACCCGGAUAACCUGAUGCAUGUUUUCCACGACGAUCUCCUCCCGAUCUUCUACACCAUGCAGCAGUUCCCAGAUUUGGACCCAGACGCCCGGUUGUUUUUCAUGGAAGGCUGGGGGGAAGGCUUGCACUUUGAGCUGUACAAGCUGCUGAGCACCAAGCAACCGCUUUUGAAAGAGCAGCUGAAGACUCUGGGCCGCCUCCUUUGCUUUACCAAGUCGUACGUGGGCCUGUCCAAAAUCACCACCUGGUACCAGUAUGGGUUCGUCCAGCCCCAGGGGCCCAAGGCUAACAUUCUGGUCUCUGGGAACGAGAUCCGACAGUUCACCAAAUUCAUGACGGAGAAGCUGAACGUGAGUUCGGAAGGGAUGCCCGGCGAAGAAUAUAUUGUAGUUUUCAGCCGGACCAUCAACAGGCUAAUCGUCAACGAGGCAGAACUUAUUCUGGCGCUGGCCCAGGAAUUUCAGAUGAAAACCAUCACCGUUUCCAUAGAAGACCACACUUUUUCAGAUAUCGUGCGCCUGAUCAGCAAUGCAUCCAUGCUGGUCAGCAUGCACGGAGCACAGCUCGCGAUGUCCCUCUUCCUGCCCAGAGGAGCCACUGUUGUGGAACUCUUCCCUUAUGCCAUAAACCCUGAGCAUUACACGCCUUACAAAACACUGUCUACUCUCCCUGGCAUGGACCUCCAGUACAUUGCCUGGACGAACACCGAGAAGGAGAACACGGUGACUUAUCCGGACCGGCCUUGGGAUCAAGGAGGAAUCGCCCACUUGGACCAAGCGGAGCAAGACCGUAUCGUGAAAAGCGGCGAAGUUCCGCGGCACCUCUGCUGCCGCAACCCCGAGUGGCUUUUCCGCAUCUACCAGGACACGAAAGUCAACGUUGCUUCCCUGAUCCAGGCGAUCAGGCAAACGGUGAAAACGAAGCCUGGGCCCAAGAGGCAGAAGGGGACGGGCGGCCUCUACCCGGGCAAAGUCAGAGAUGCCAAGUGCCAAACCUCCGUCCAGGGCACCAGCGAAGCGAAACUCUCCGUCUCCUGGCAGAUCCCUUGGAACCUGAAGUACCUGAAGGUAAGGGAAGUGAAGUACGAAGUGUGGAUACAGGAGCAAGGGGAGAACACGUACAUCCCUUUUAUCUUGUCCCAUCAGAACCACACCUUUUCCGACAACAUCAAGCCCUUCGCAAACUACCUGGUGUGGAUCCGUUGCAUUUUCAACAAGAAUCUCCUCGGACCCUUUGCGGAUGUGCUGUUGUGCAGCACGUAAAUCGCCAGUCAGUUUGGGGUGGGGGAUUUGAUUCCACCAAGGGGCUUUUGAAUACAGCAGGCUGGUCCCGUCGACCUCCAGUUUCUCGUGGGGUUGACCAGGACUUUGAAGACCAUGCUAGUGCCUCAGUCUCCAUUUUAUGGUGUUCCGUGCGUAUUCUCUGCGUGGCAUUAUUUUCCGUCGCUGUCUCUGAGCUCUCUUGGUCCUUGAAAUAAGCCUACAGGCAAGAAGGUGACGAAAAUGAAAUCGGAACAGAAGGCAGCCAUUGUACCUUCAUAGUAACUUUCAAAAUCUCUUUUGCGUAGUGAAUAUUUUAAGCUCAGCUUUCUACUGGGAUUUAAUUGCGUCUCUGGCUGGGCAAUCUAUUUUGUAUUCUCCACUGUUUUAUUUUUAUGCUCCCCCC